GUCCAUUGCGGUAUUUCCCUUUUUCGUCACAGAGGGUUCGCAAAGGAAAACUGAUUCAGUGUACGUGCCGCAGCAGAGGAGUGCACUGGAGUAAAUUGGAGUGCACCAGAAUACACGGUUCGAGCAGCGACGAGACGACGAGGACGAGAUGAAGGAACACGAGACGACAGGAGCUUGCCAGAGAAAACCGACCAAACUGAGGAACCUCAUUUACAAGACCGAGGCCUUCGAUUCCCUGCACGCCAGAAAUGCUGAGAGAACGCUGUGCUCGGGCCAAGUGUGCCUCGGUAGCAUCAUGCAACUACCAACUCACGGAACCGAGUGCCGUUCCAAGGAAGAGAUUUUCGUUCAAGCAAAGGAGUUCCUCGAGCAGUACUUUUCCUCCAUCAGAAGAUUGAACAGCGACGCUCAUCGUUCUCGAUGGGAUUGCGUUCAAAAGGAAGUCCUCGUUACAGGCACCUAUCAGCUGACCGAAACGGAAUUGGUUUUUGGAGCGAAAUUGGCGUGGCGUAACGCCGCGAGGUGCAUCGGUCGCAUUCAAUGGUCUAAAUUGCAAGUAUUUGACUGUCGUUAUGUGACCACAACCAGCGGUAUGUUCGAAGCUUUAUGUAACCACAUUAAGUACAGCACUAACAAAGGCAACAUUAGAUCAGCGAUAACAAUAUUUCCGCAACGCACGGAUGGAAAACACGAUUACAGAGUAUGGAAUCAACAAUUGAUAAGUUACGCAGGUUACAAGAAUCCUGAUGGUACGGUCAUCGGGGAUCCUGUUAACGUUGAAUUCACCGAGCUUUGCAUAAAACUUGGCUGGAAAGGUGCGCGUACUCGUUUCGAUAUAUUGCCAUUGGUACUAUCAGCGAACGGUCACGAUCCUGAUUAUUUCGACAUUCCGAGUGAACUUGUCCUCGAAGUACCUCUUAGUCAUCCCACAUACGAAUGGUUCGAAAAGUUGGAGUUGAAGUGGUUUGCUGUUCCCGCUGUGUCGGGGAUGGUGUUCGAUUGCGGAGGUUUGGAGUUCACAGCGGCACCGUUCAACGGAUGGUACAUGAGCACUGAAAUUGGAGCAAGAGAUCUCUGCGAUGUUCAGCGAUACAAUUUGCUGGAGCCAAUAGCGACUCACAUGGGACUGGACACGAGAACGUCCACUUCGUUGUGGAAAGAUAAAGCUAUGAUAGAAGCUAACGUUGCCGUGCUGCACAGUUUCCAAAUGAAAAACGUGACAAUUGUGGAUCAUCACACUGCCUCGGAAUCCUUCAUGAAACACUAUGAAAACGAGAUGCGAUUGAGAAACGGUUGCCCAGCCGAUUGGCUAUGGAUCGUGCCGCCGAUAUCGGGAUCAGCCACGCCCGUGUUUCAUCAGGAGAUGGCUCUCUAUCAUUUGAAACCAUCUUACGAUGCUCAGGAUCCUGCUUGGAAGACGCACGUUUGGAAAAAAGGUCGGGAUAAAAAGGCAACAUCCAAGAAACCGAGACGUAAAUUCCAUUUCAAACAAAUUGCAAGAGCUGUAAAAUUUACGUCAAAGUUGUUCGGAAGAGCUCUGUCACGAAGGAUAAAAGCCACAGUGCUGUUCGCUACGGAAACCGGGACGUCUCAGAUGUACGCUGAAAAGCUUGGUGAACUGCUGGGACACGCGUUCCAUUCCCAGGUUCUUUCGAUGUCGGACUAUGACAUCAGCAACAUCGAACACGAAGCUUUGUUGCUGGUUAUAACGUCUACUUUUGGGAACGGUGACCCUCCCGAGAACGGCGAAGCUUUUGCUCAAAACUUGUAUGCAAUGAAGAUGAAUGAAGCGUACAUCAAUAGUGGCAACAAGAUCAGUUUGGCGACUUCGAAAUCCUUCAUUAAAGCAAACAGUCAGACGGAAGUAAAUAAUUGUAAGAAAUUGGACAGAUUGGAUUCCCUUCGCGGAUCUACUACCGAUUCCCAAACGGAAGAUACUUUUGGACCCCUGAGCAAUGUCAGAUUUGCUGUUUUCGCAUUGGGAUCAUCGGCGUAUCCGAAUUUUUGUGCAUUCGGUCGCUACGUGGACAACUUGUUAGGGGAACUAGGUGGAGAACGUUUGUUGCGACUAGCGCAAGGGGAUGAAAUGUGUGGACAGGAACAAACUUUCCGAAAAUGGGCAGCGGAUACAUUCGCUGUUGCAUGCGAAACCUUUUGCUUAGACGAUGACGAUACUUUGCUCGAGGUCGCUUUGUCUUUAGGAUCAGAGGCACUGUCAGCGGCAACUGUACGCUUCGUAGAAGCUGAAGCCCAACCGAUUGCAAAAGCAUUGAGCAAAUGCCAUAAUAGAAACGUAACUACCUGUCAUAUGUUCCGAAAGACGAAUUUAAGCGGCGACUCUUCGAGCGGAACUACGUUACUUUUGGAGCUAGAUGAUAUUGCAAGCAUGGAGAUAGCAUACAAACCUGGUGAUCACUUGGGGGUUUUUGCAUGCAAUAGGCCAGAAUUGGUAGAAGGAAUAUUGAAACGAGUACAAACUCCUUAUGACCCGGAUUUACCAAUUGAAUUGCAAAUGCAGAAACAAUCUCAUACUCCUAAUGGUAUCGUAAAAACGUGGAUAGCGCACGAUAGAUAUUUACCCAAUUCCUUGAGAAUGUUAUUAACCAGAUUUUUGGAUAUCACAACGCCGCCAACACCGAAUCUCCUCAGAUACUUCGCGUCUAUAGCUACCAACUCAAAAGAACAAGUUCAACUGAAUCUUCUAGCUUCCGAUCCAGCAGCUUACGAAGAUUGGAGACAUUGGAAGUUUCCUAAUUUGGUGGAAGUACUUGAUGAAUUUCCAUCCGUGAAACCUCUUGCACCAUUAUUACUACUCCACUUGACUCCUUUGCAACCAAGAUUUUAUAGUAUCUCUUCCUCCCCUGAUGUGCACCAAGGACAGAUACAUCUUACUGUCGCGGUCGUACAAUAUAAAACACAAGGUGGUUCUGGAUUAAACCAUUAUGGAGUUUGUUCUAAUUAUCUUUGUGAGAUAUCGGAUGGCGAACCGCUCUAUGUCUUCGUACGUAGUGCGCCUAAUUUUUAUAUGCCGACUUCAUCGAAAGCGCCUAUGAUACUGGUUGGUCCAGGUACUGGAAUUGCUCCUUUCCGUGGUUUUUGGCAUCACCGACUCGCAGAAAUGAAGCGCUGCCCAGAUCUUGGAUAUGGAAAAGUUUGGCUAUUCUUUGGUUGCCGCCAGAGAAACUUGGACUUAUAUAGACAGGAAAAGAAAGAAAUGAUAAAAGCCGGAGUUCUAGAUAAAGUCUUCCUGGCCCUUUCGCGAGAGCCUGGAUUAAAGAAGACAUACGUACAAGAUUUAAUUCAAGCGGAGGCCCCACAAAUUUACGAUAUGUUGGUGCACGAACAAGGGCAUUUUUACGUUUGCGGUGACUGUACCAUGGCGGAGGAUGUUUAUCAAACUUUGAAACAUAUCAUACAGACCCAUGGUGAAAUGACGGAUAAGCAAGUCGAAGUGUAUAUGUUAUCGCUACGCGAUGAAAAUCGUUAUCACGAAGAUAUAUUUGGUAUAACUUUGCGAACGGCGGAAGUACACAAUCGAUCAAGGGAAACAGCGAGAAGCAGAAUGGCUGCGGAACCCUAGAUAUCGUGGCAUACAUAAUCUUCAAAAGUUAUAAACAAUUUGUUGAUAGUUUUCAAUUAUGCAUAUCAUGCAUGUUUUUUGCAAUCUAUGAGCAAAUAUUAAAUUUUGAAAAACA